UCUUGGCGUGGCCAUAGUGGGGGAAAGAUAUACUUUUCGGAUUGUGCCCAUUGACAUAUAUAUAAUUGAAAAUGUGUAGUAUGAAAAGUGAUUGGGCUAGAACUCAGAAGAGCUAGCUAGUUUUAUUAAGACGGAAAAUGUAGUCUGUCUGAUCACCUACUUCUAGCCGAGCUUCGUCCACAUUACUUUAUAUAGUCAACGUAGAAGAGACAGGCAGAGGGAAUGUCGUGCAGGAGGACAUAAUCGAUGUUUCUUUGAGCAAGCCGCACAACGUAUCAUAAAAAAAACAACCAUAACAUUAUCACAGCGACAACAAUGCACUUGUCCUUAUUUUGCCUCGCCAAGCCUGUUCUUCAUGGAUACUUCAGAAGUUCCUGCUCAUGGAGGGUUCGCAUUGCUUUUGCUCUCAAAGGUAUUGAAUAUGACCAGGCUCCAGUAAAUCUGAUCAAAGAUGGAGGUCAGCAGCUUACUGAACAGUACAAGGCAUUAAACCCUAUGCAACAAGUGCCUGCAGUUGAAAUUGAUGGCAUCACCCUUUCUCAGUCACUGGCAGUGAUCCAGUACAUCGAUGAGACCAGGCCAGGCCCUCUGCUUCUCCCAGCAGACCCAAAGAAACGUGCCCAGGUUCGGAUGAUAAGUGAUGUCAUUGCCUCUGGGAUACAGCCCCUGCAGAAUCUAUACGUGAUUCAGAAAAUAGGAGCAGAAAAGGUGCAAUGGGCUCAGCACUUCAUUGAUCGCGGCUUUCAAGCUCUUGAACCCAUUCUGAAGCAAACAGCAGGGAAAUACUGUGUAGGUGAUGAGAUAUCCAUGGCAGACAUAUGUCUGGUUCCACAAGUCUACAAUGCAGAGAGGUUCAAAGUGGACGUCGGCCAGUAUCCAACUAUCAAAAGGUUAAAUCAGACCUUACUUGAGAUUGAAGCUUUCAAAGUGACCAACCCAUCUUGUCAGCCAGACACACCUGCUGAUCUGCGUGCAUAGAAUAACCACUCAACAGUUUUAGAGACAACCAUGCAACUUUGUACAUUGUUAAAUAAAAUGCUUUGAAAAUAA